AAACAGUUUAAGCUUUAAGGGCACCUGUUCACGCAUGCGCCAUCCAAAACGGGGCAAUUUAUUAGUAUAGUUUGAAUAUAGCUGCGGUUGGGAGGUUAAGUCUUAAAGCUCGAUAGGUCAGAGGUUAUUUGAGGGUUUCAACCCAUUCACAGAUGUGAAACUUUCACAUCUGUGAAUAGGAUGCGGAUGUGCUGAAGUUUGAGUUUCACAGUGAUACGUUUCCUCUUUUUCAGGUUCCGCUGAGCUCAGGAGGAUCAUGGAGAGGCAUAGGAACUGGUUCUGCACCGUGGUGGAUAUGAAGAGCCAGGAUAGAUAUGUGUGCUUCACCCGCAGGAAGGGAGGAGGAGGAGGACUCUGUGUUUAUGUGACGGACGCAGCAGCUGUUUGGAGCGCAGACUGCUCUGAGGACGUCCUGAAGCCGCAGGAUGUCGAGCCUCAUGGGGAUGUGAGAGUUGUGGUCCAGCACACCAGGGCAGUUCUUCAUGUGGGCUCCGGCUCCGGGCCAGCCGCGUUCAGUGUGACCCUCACCAGGAUGGAGGCUCCUCAGGCCACAGAGGCGCUCAAGGAGCUGCUCUUCACCAUGGCUGACGCACUGACUCAGCUUGACAGUCUGUGGGAGCUCAGCUGUGAGUCCUUUGAAGAGCCUGCAGCGAUGCCCAGCAGAUCUGAAACCCCGACAGCAGCAGCAGCAGAACGGCGCUGCGACCAAGAGGCGGCUUCCUGGGGCUUCACUGAUCAACCCCGGCACUAAGAAAAAGGUGCAAGCGACUGGUGUAGCCUUUGAUGAUGAAGAUGAAGUCUGAUUUAUUUUUAUAGAAAUUUUGUUCUAACCUUUGAGGGACUCAUCUUUCCAACUACGUAAGGUAGCACUGAUAUUGUACUUUUAUUAAAUGUUUUUAAUUUGGAUUAUAAUAAACUUUGUCAUAAGAUACGUGAAAUAAAUACAUGGAUUAUGACAUUAGGUGCCUUCUCUUACAAAAGGUUAAUUCAUGCAACAGACAGUUGCACAUGAGCCAUCACUCGCAUGAUAACAUGGGAAGUGUGGGUUCAGUGCACAUGGUCUGUUCAAUGUGCUGCUGGGUAGAAACUGUCCUUCACUUUAGCCCUGCUUUAAUUAGAACAUGGUGUUCUUCAUGUUUUAGUUAAAUUCUAAGUUCAGAGUUGUGGUGAAUGCUGGAAUUGUAAUGUAAAAUGAAAUAAAAAUGACUAGCAGAAUUCAUGGUGUAUUUGCAGUCGAGCUAAAAAUUGAAGAAACAUUCUAGACCUGAAGGAUCAUUUUGUGCCAUUUGUUAGGAUUCAUGUUAAAGUUUCUGUGCUGGAUCACUGAUGACUCUAAACUUGUGACAAGAGACAAGUUAUUUGUCAUUAUAAUAACUGGAAAAAUCUGGAAUUUAAUUUAGUCUUUUUCCAGGACUGGAUCAAUGCAGAAAAAUAAAAUGUGAAAAUAGAAAAA